AUGACUACCGCAACCUUCAGACAUAUCGACACCUCGGCACAGCCGCCCAACACCAAGCCCUGGUCCAAAGUCGACGCCGACGCCUCCUCCUUCCGCAUGGCGCCGCACAAGCGCUCGGUGCAGGACCUUCGGGGCCAGGAAUCCGCCUUCACGACCGACAACGCGGGCUUCGCUGUGCGCGUCUCGCCGUCGGCCACCACACCACAGACCUUCGACUCGGACGCCAAUGUGCGCCAGUCCUAUUACCCAGAGAUCGAGGCCCUUCUGCGGGCGCAGCUGCCCGGCGGCGACGCAAUCAAGAAGAUCGUCAUCUUCGACCACACCAUCCGUCGCAGGACACCUGAUGCGCCCCGCGCGCCCGUCCAGCAGGUCCAUGUCGACCAGACGCCCGGGGCGGCCGAGGUGCGCGUGCGCAGACACGUGCCGGAUGCGGAGGAGGCGGAGGCCCUGCUGAGAGGCCGGUACCAGAUCGUCAAUGUGUGGCGGCCGAUCGCGAACCCGGCGUCUGACUUCCCGCUCGCGGUCAUCGAUUGGCGGUCCACGGCGCCCGAGGACUUCGUGCCUGUGGAUCUGCUGUACCCGAAGCGGGCUGACUCGGUGAUGGAGGGACAGGAGGGCCAGCAACAACAGCAGGAACAGCAGCAACAGCAGGGCCAACAAGACGACGACCGCGGCAAGGAGGUCCGGCCUGAGGAGAGCAAGUGGUUCUCGACCGAGGGCUACGAGGUGCGCGGCGAGACGCUGGCCGUGGCCGCGAGCCCGGCGCACAAGUUCUACUACCAGCGCGACAUGUCGCCCAGUGAGGUGAUGCUUCUUAAGUGCUACGACUCGUGGGGCGAGGGCGAGCCGAUGGGCAGGCUCGGCGUGGCGGUCCGGACGCCGCACACGGCGUUUGAGGACCCGGCGACGCCGAAGGAUGCGCCCGGCAGGCAGAGCAUCGAGGUGCGGUGUCUGGUGUUUUACGAGUAG